GGAUACGGUUGACAGGAUAUAAGCAGUUUCUCUGUGCGCGAUUUUUGUUGAAAGCGAAGCUAAAUUUUGUUUCGUCGAUAGCUACAGUCAUGUUGGCUCCAGUCGCUUCACCUACGAACUUUGAAAGAAGGAGUGUGUCAGCAUCCCAAGCCUCUUUGAGUAGAACAGGGUCACUUGCCGGAACUCUCAGACGCGGCGCUUCCUUACGACACGAGCCUCGACCCUACGUCUCGCGAAAUCCGAUCAAGGAGGAAGAUCUCGAUGUGAUACUGAACUGGGAGGCGGACAAAAGCGGCGAGUGUUGGCAGAAGAUUAAAAGUGUGAGAGAAGGCGACGUGUGGAAGAAAGAAAUGGAAGAUAACAAAACAUGGGUCUUAAAGGCUGAACUCACUGCUGAUACUGUUCCUUUUAAAAAAGCUGUCGAACUCAUAACAGAAAUCAAACACAGAAAAGAAUGGGAUUGUUUGCAUUUGCAUCUGGAUGUUGUUGAAACCGUUGGAAAUGGAAACUUCAAAGUUAUUUACAGCCAAAUGAAGAUGCCAGCAUUUUGUAAAAAAAGAGAAUUUUUGGAAGCGAUGAGUCAAAGAGUGAGCGACAAAGAAAGCAAUUGUUAUCAUUUGUUGGCGUUCCGUAGCACAACUCAUCCUAGCGUACCACAAUCUAAGGAUAUUAUCAGGGCGGAUGAUCAACUGUCUGGUAUAGUAAUACGACCUGUUGGUGACGGCAUGACCAGCUCUAAGGUAACCUUCAUAUUUCGCAUCAAAUUCCGCGGUUCUGCCCCACGGGGCAUGAAGAAAAGCUACCUGGCAAAUCAGUCAGUGGAGAUGGUGCGCCGUAUGAAAAAAUAUCACGAGAAAAAGAAAGUCGAAGAAAGGAUUGGUAAAGUAUGAGACGAUGAGAUGAGGUCGGUCUUGUUUUUAUGGGAUUGUAGGUCUUGACUUAAAUUCAGGCUGAUGUAGACUAUGCGGGCUUUUGUCACAGCUUAGCUUGUAUUGAUGUAAUUAUUUGUGCUUGAUAUGGUUGUCAUAGGUAAUUGUUUAGAGCUAAUGAAGUAUCGGUAUCGGUAGGCUAAUAAUUUUCCAUAGUGCGAAAUGCAUCUUAAUCUCGUAGAAACAAGCCCACUUUGCGGGUAAAACUAUCCCAUAACGGUUGCUAAGUAACGGCUAAAGAUUUGAUAUGAUGGUAUAUCUCUAUUUGGUGUUUAGACCAGUACUACUGUCCUAAAGAUAAACAGUCUUCGUCUACACUCAGACUAGUGACAUUUUAUUUUAGCAUAUUUUAGUUGGGGAUUUUAAUCUGCAUAUAGAGAACUAAUUUUAGCAUUUUUAGCGUUCCUCCUGACACGAUAAGCUUGUAUACGGAAAUUACCUGCAUGUUUCGCUCAAAAUAAGCUUUAUAGUGCGGUACAAGUCUCCCUUGAAUUGGCUUUCGAUAGAUCUCUCCAGUAUAUGUGAGAAGUCAGUUGGUGCGAUCCGCUGGAUAAUGAGUUACGAUCCAUUGUUACAAUCUGUUUUUGAGUAUUACCUUAGGUCGUGAUACUCACCGGAUUGGCCUUUUAAAAUCGAUUUGAGCGAAACUUAAGUGCGAGUUACACUAGCGGAGGCCCUCAAUAUAAUUGAUUUGUUAUUUUACAAUGCAAAAUUUGUUCAAAAUAGAAAAGCAGAGGCUCUGUUCCUCUGAUAGUAGAUUCUAUAGAUCUGAUAGGUAUUUUUGGAAUAUAUUAUUAGUUCGUUUUAUUUAAGACAUUGUCAUUGACCGCCUUAUACAUAGUAGAUACAUAAUAAUUGUAAAAAGACUUAAUUUAACAACAAUACCAUUGUAGAGUACUAACAUUAGUACCAAUCGUCAUAAUAAAUAGCAAUCUAAUAAGA